CCAUAUAUGGGCACACCACCGACUCUAGUUCGCUAUUGGCUGGUCGCCUUAUGCAGCUGCUUGUCAACAAGAUGGCCUUCCUCGUCUCUGUCGUUUUGACACUGAUUAUUUUGGUAUCCCAGCGCACAUACCGCAAAAGCUUGUGUCACUUCUAAAUAGAUUGAAGGAGUGGGGCCGCCGAGAGUCCUAACAAGGUAUACAGUCAGCUAGACCGAGUUCAGGGAAGUGACAAGCCUCGAUCGUAGCCGCCGCUCAACAAGGUUGAUUAAGAAAGUAGCUGCUUUCGACGCUAGCCUGAAAGAGCUAGCUUAGCUACGUGGACGCGGAUAGUUAAGUCGUGUCACCUGCAAUUCCCUGCACAAACUGGUUUGGUCACAAGAAAUACUGAGAGGAAAGUCGUCCUGACUACAGUUUAAAAACCAACGAGGUUGCUUGCGAAGGCCAUCGUUGCUGAGGUUUGGUGCCCGAUUAAACUGGAGCACUGCAGCAAGCAGUGCCGUACAGGUCGGCACUGGCAUGUGGAUUGGACCAUGAGAGCACUGUCUUUGGCUGCCUGCAAACCAGCAUAGCUGCCAGCAUGUUUCAGAGCUCUGCAUCAUGAUGGACCGAGACACCUUCUCCCAUAUAAGUCUGUGGUGCCCACGCCCCUUUGGCACCUACUCUCAGAACAAAGCUAGGAGUCCUGGCACAGGGGGUAAUGUUUUAGCCGUAGGGGGGGCAGGUUCUUCCUCCCUCUGCAAGGGUGAACCCCCUCCUGGUAGCAGGAGGGCUGGGGAUGGCGCUGAAGAUGGAGGAAUUCUAGUGGGCGUGCAGGAAGAUACAGUAAAAGUGGAGGAUGUGGGUUCUGAGAACACACCACCUGAACUUAACUCGAACGCCUUGACACAAAGCCAGCCACCUAUACCCACAUCAUCUCCUUCACCACUCCCAUCUUCUGGGACCCAAAUGGAUGACGGACGAGUGCUUUUGGAUACCUGGUAUGUCAUUAAACCAGGAAACACAAAGGAAAAGAUUGCCUUCUUUGUGGCACAUGAGUUUAGUGGGGCAGGCCAACCCAGACCUAGUGCCAUGAAGGUUAAAGGUAAUUGGGCAACUGACUGCAGUAAAGCAAAAAGACGAAGAAGAUGCUCAUCUUAUGACCCUCCAAACCGCACGCACACCUCAGGAGCUCAUCUCAGCCGUGGCUCAUCAGAAGCACCCAAUGCAUCUCCUACCCUCAAUCAACCAACAAUGGAGGGGACGAAUGAAACUGACCUGCUGUCAGUGGCUCAGAUGGUUGCCUUGGUUGAGCGGAGGACAGCCAUGGCCCUGCAAGAUAUUGUUGCUGUUCAUGAAAACCAGCAGCAACCCUCAACUACCAGUCAGGAGCAGGACCUUAUACCUCACCAGCGCGCACUACUCCAGAAAACAGAAUCAAACCCCACUAAUAUGGCCUUCAUGUCUGACAGUUCAAAAGGCCAACCAUCCAAAGAAAUCAAGGAAUUAUCAUCUAUUCAGACGGACCAAGAGCUGGAGGAGCAGCAAGAGUCAUGUCGGGUUGCACAAGCCAUCGCACACUUUGAGUCUCAGAAUCUGGAGAAUCGCCUUCAUAUGGGGGCUGGUUCAGCUAUAAGCUUUUCAAAUCGAGACAGGGAGCUCAGAGGAGGAGCAGAGUCCAGUCGUGUUGCACCAUCUCCAACUCACAGCCACGGCGAGGUGAGGAUAGCUUUCAGAGUGUCAAAUCUUGAUCCACGUUCUCAGCUGGAGCCAGCAAGCCGUUCACGCUGUAUGUUUAUGAGUUGUGGAGGUGGGAGUAGCCAAGGAGCAGCCAGAUCUAAAGAGAAAAUUACCUGUGACCUCUACCAGCUUGUCAGUCCCUCUUCAAGAGACCCCAAUAGCCUGCUGCUCGCAGCCACGACUGCAGCCACUAAGCCAGACGGAGACCUCCAUCAUUCUGACAGGCAGACCUGCGGCAGCCCGGAAACAACCCAGGAACCUUCUUCUGGGGAGAAAAAGUCUGUGAGGGAGCGAGUGACUGGAUUUCAUGUGGAGGUUGUGGUUACAGGUGCUGUGGACCAAUGUGUGUUUUAUGGCAAGGACAGUACAGAGAAUGUUCAAGAAGAGACUGUAUGUUUUGCUAUGCCUGGUGGGGGAGGAACAGUUGGGGGUGUACCCACCUCUACUGACCUCUCAUCAGAGGAUCCUCCUCCAGGACAGCUCUUCUUCUUCCCACCCCCACGAGUGUCAGAAGAGGAAUCUAAUGUUUCAGGUUCAGGUAGAGGAUCAGGACUAUGCUCUUUGGACUGUGCCAAGAGCAGCAGCCCAGGAGCAGGGGUCAUGUGCUCAGGAGAGCAUACUCCGCGACCAGACUCUCCCCUAGCCAGUGUUGGAGAAGACUGUUCAGACCCAUCGUUAUGUCGCCUCUACCGCCACGUCUCUCAUGACUUUCUGGAGAUUCGCUUUCAGAUUCAGCGCUUGCUUGAACCUCGCCAGUACAUGCUGCUUCUCCCCGACCACAUUAUGGUCAAUAUCUUUAGUUACCUACCUACACACUCCUUGGCAGCCCUCAAAUGCACCUGUCACUACUUCAAGGUGCUGAUCGAGACCUACGGCGUGCGAGCUGUGGACUCUCGCUGGAAUCAAGACCCUCUUUAUCGAGAGGACCCCUGUAAGCAGUGUAAACGACAGUACGAACGCGGAGAUGUUUCACUGUGCCGAUGGCACCCUAAACCUUACCACCAUGACCUGCCUUAUGGACGUUCCUAUUGGAUGUGUUGCCGACGUACAGACAAGGACACACCAGGAUGCCGGGUUGGGCUUCAUGAUAAUAACUGGGUCCAGCAGCCUGCCGAUGGCUCUCAGCCAAUCCGGUCCAAGAGGGAGGUCCGACGGGAAGAGGCCAGGUAGAAGAGGAAAUAUAUCACCUUGUUUCUUCAACCUAACCUGCAUCAGUUCUUCUAGAAAGAUGAGCAUGGAAAAGGAGUACAUAGAAAAACUAUCACUCCAGGACACUCUUCAUUCCACCUUAUGUUUAGUGGUGGCUCUCUCCAUUGAGUGGAGGAGUAAAGAAGGAAAUAAGGUGUGUCACUCCAUGCCUUUUUUUGUCUAGUCCUACAAACUUUUUCUCCUCCCACUAUACUCCAGAGUGGCACUUUUUCGAGUGUGCCUACAAGUGUUGGGGUCUCAUCUCGCUGCUGUCCGUUUGCCCCAUUCUCAUGCCUCUUGCAUGUCAGGAUUACUGCCCAACUCCAUACAUUGGAGGCUAUCAGACAGUUCCUGUGACAUCUCUGCAGUGUAUUUGAUUGAGAUUAGCAUUAAGUGACAAAUAGAAAUGUAAUGCCCUGGAGCCUGGUUGUUGUACCCACCACACACUUCCACACGUUCAUUGGGCCGAGUGCAGCCGAUUCAUUAAAUGAACUGUACUGACUCCAACAUGCCAAACCAUUCAGUGUGGAAUGUUUAGCGUUGCUACAAAAAUAUGAUUGUAUGAGACAAACUUGAUAUUCCAACAUAUGAGCAUUGUCCUGCGCCUUGCAUUUCUAUUUCUCUGAAUGUGCUGUAUUUAUUGUAUGUCGAUCAGUCCCCUGAUAAUGCUGCUGAAACCAUUGGCUGUGUCACUGAAGUUAUUUCUCAAAUAGCCAUGCUAUUGGUUAAUACUCUCCCAUACUCUGGUCACCUGUUUGUUUGUUUGUUUGUUUUUUUGUUAGUUUUUUUAUAUCGAUCAUACUUUAGGUGACCAGCCAUGAACAUGAGGAAAAAAGUACUACUUCUGGGAGAUACAAUGUAUAGAUUAAGAUCAGUGGGAUAUAAAAAAAGAGGAAUACAUUACUUUUUAUGAUUUGACUGACUUGCUUGCCUUUUUUUUUUUUUUUUUUUUUUUUUUAAUAAAUGGUGGUUGGCUUUUUGGGGUGUGUAAGAAUGUUUGCCGUUCUAUUGGACCAUGCUCUUUAUCAGUCCCAACCUUCACAAACCAAAAGAAUGGUUUAGUUUUUUUAAUCCAUCAUUGUUUAAACUUGCCCAUCUUUUUUUUUCUCCUCCGUCCUCUAACCUGGCAAAGGGUUGCGUUGGCUAUGGCACCAAUGUUUUUAGUGUUAAACCAACUAUCAAGACCACAGAGACUCUACACCAGCUCCAGCCUUAAUCCCGCACACUCCCCACAUACCUCUAAUUUCCCUGCAGGAGAUUGAGGCACCAGAUACCUCACAGACGGUCAAGAGUAUGAGGUGGUUCACCUUAGCCUUGUUUUUAGGGGCUUCAAAAACUUUUAGUGCAAAAAGUCAUCUUCUCUUUCUUCAGCUUUUCCCACUGUUUUUUUUACACCCCAUCCCAACUUGCUGACUGACUAAACAUUAUAGACCCCUUUACUUUUGAUAAACAAAGAUGUGAUCAGAAUGUGAGUGCAGCUUUGGCUCAGAAGGCAUGAUCUUCCCAUCCAUACAUGUUAUCUCAGAUUUUUUUUCUUUUAUUAUUUUUUAUUUUUUUGGAAGCCAAUGCUGUGCACGUAGCUUUUGAUGAACAUGCUGGGAAAGGGGUCUAUAGUGAUGCUGAAACUGCACGAAGGUGAGACGAUGUUUUGGUAGUCACGGGAGAUGCUUGUAGUUUCCAGAUAUGUGCAACUCUAAUGGGACUUUUGGCUUAAAUAUAAAAAGUGAUGAUUAAAACUGGAAAUUCAAAAUUGA